AGCCGACCGAACUGCCUCCAUUGCGAAUUGCAACUGGAGGGUCGCCCUCCCAGCACCCGAAGACUGGAGAGCCUGUGCAAGCGGGCAGACGGCCUUUAAUAAAGACCUCCAGCCAGGCAAGGACUUUCUCAUUGUUUGAAUUGCUCUUCGCACAACCCCGGGAAUCCGCAGGUCUGUUUGCUCCUGAGCCGGAGACAUCAGGAGCUGUCAUCUGCAAGGAACUGGGUUGGUGCCAGAUCAUGGAGGAUGAGUGGUUAGUUACAAAUCCUAACCAGAAGCCUGUUUACAGGGAAACUCACCAGGAGUCUUGUGAAAGUCUGGUGGCACUCACAGGAUCUUCAAGUUCCAAACCCAAUGAGAUUUUUCUUGUGGAUGAGGAAGAAGAGCAUUGCCUCCAAGAGCCUGGAAAACGGGAGAAUUCGAGAAGAGCCAGCUUAGCAGGUGAGGGAUUGGGCAGUGAGGAAGAGGAAGAGAGUGAGGAGGAAGAUGUUCAACAACAGGACGGUCCUAAGGUGGUGCAGUUGGAUGCUAGCAUGGUUUCUGGAGAGUGCAAGAGCCUCCGCUGGAGGGUGGUACAGCAGGUUGGCGGCGGCAAGGUUUUGGCAGGAGAGGGGCCACCCAUCAUGGUUCUGCAGAAAGGAUACCAGUGCGAAGACUGUGGCAAGGUGUUCAGCUGCAGCUCGCACUACAGCAAGCACCGGCGCACGCACACAGGCGAGCGCCCCUUCUGUUGCGGAGAGUGUGGCAAAAGCUUCAACGUCAGCUCCAACCUAUACAGGCACCAGCGGGCCCAUGCCAAUGCAAAUGCAACGCCGGUGAGUCCCGCACCCUCCCUCCUACCCACCCGUGGCUUGCCUUACCAGUGUGCGGACUGUGGCCGGUGCUUCCGCCGCAACACAGAGCUGGUGACUCACCAGCGGCUUCACACCGGCCGCCUUCCUUUCCAGUGCAGUGACUGUGGCAAGAGUUUCUCAUGGAGUUCGCACUUUGCCCGGCACCUGAGGAUCCACACAGGUGAGAAACCCUACCCGUGCAACGAAUGUGGCAAGCGCUUUAGUCGCAGCUCCCAUCUCUACCGACACCAGCGUACCCAUGGCACCAAUGCUGCCGCCAAUGUUACCCGUGCCUACAUCUGCACCUACUGCGGGCGCAGCUUCAGCACCACACUGCACUUUGACCAGCACCAGCGGACCCACCGUGGCCGCAAACCCUACAAGUGCACCCUGUGUGGCAAGGCUUUUGCCGAUGGCCUAGCUUUGGUGAAACACCAACGUUUGCACUUAAUGGGGGGAGACCAACAUCACCAAUGUUCCGAGUGUGGGCAAAGCUUUGCAGGGCGGUCGCAGCUAGCUCGCCACCGUCGACUCCAUGGCACUGCUGACAAACCCUACGGAUGUGGCGAGUGCGGCCAAAGCUUUGGUGCUCGAACCCAGUUGGCUCAGCACCGACGCCUGCACAUCUCUGCUGACAAGCCGUUUCACUGUGGGGAGUGUGGGCUGAGCUUCACCUGGAGCUCGCAUUGGGAGCGGCACCGGCGCAUUCAUACUGGGGAAAGACCAUACUCCUGUGGGGACUGUGGCAAGCGCUUUGGGCGCACCUCUCAUCUUUACCGGCACCAGCGCACCCAUGCUGGUGGCCAGCCUCACGUCUGUCCAGACUGUGGCAAGAGCUUCAACAGCACCUUGCACUUCCAGCGUCACCAGCAUGCCCACCACCUCGACUCAGACAGUGCUCGGCUCUCUGCCCACACUUGUGGGGACUGUGGCAAACCCUGUGCUGAUGCAUCAGCCCUGCUCAAGCACCAGUGUGUGCAUGCAGGUGAUAGGCCAUAUCCCUGUCCCCAGUGCGGACGCCGCUUCCGUGGCACCGCAUAUCUUUACCAGCAUCUCCGUAGCCAUGCCCGCCAGGUGGAAGAGACAAUGCUCAUUCCAGCUUCUACACAGUGUGAGGAUAUUACACCAUGCUAAGGAGCAAGGAAGGCCCACCCAAUCCUAAAAAGCAUUAGGCUCCACAUGGGGGAUCCUGUCCUUAUCUGGCAGACAUUCAAAGCUUUUGAUGAGAAGAGUUUCCAGGUAUAGGAGCCCAGUCUAAAGCCGAGCAGGGGCUGUUCCUAUCUAAAUAUGUUCUCUGGCCCAAUGUUUCCCUUAUAUUUCUGAAUUAUAAAGGAGGUAAAAUGAUAUCCUGUAGGACGAAGUUAAGUUGGCAAGGUUUUGGGUUUCACUGAACUUUUUUGUAGGUCCAUUUUGCCUGAUGUCCCAUCCCAUGAAAGACAAAAACUCAUUCCUUUAUCUGUCUCAUUUGUCCCUCUUUAUAGUGCCUGUCCUUUGGGACCAAGAUGGCAAUCGGAUCUCAGUUUCUGAGAAUAGGCCAAAUGCUCCACGGGGGCCCUGUCUUUCUACAAGAUUUGCUUUCUGAGCAGCAAGCUGGCCUUGCAGAAAAGGCUUUUGACAGUGUUAUGAGCACGUCCACACACUAGGCCAAGAAAACAGACACAUAGCUAAGAAAUAAUGGGAAACAAUUCUGCACCAUGAAAAAGAAACUAGAUAGAAUCCAUUAUGGAAGUCUGCACAUACUUGCUUUAAAAUGGUUAAUUUGUGGAACUGAUUCCGAUUGCAAUAUAUGGGUUUUUGGAAAAUUCAUUGUAUUUUGGAAGUGGUCUACAUAUGCAGCAAAAUG